GCCUAUAACUAGGAUGUGGGAAUUCCUUAAUAUGUGGCCGGAUGUGGGAAGCGUUUGAUGAUGGGGCAGGCGGAGUUUUUUGCUAGCCUUGGUAGUAUAUGGCUAGUCUGCAUCCUACUGCGGAGGCUCUAAAGCUGAGCUACUUCGACAUGGCUGCGCUUCGGACGGCAUUCCACCUACCUACCUACUUUAACGAUCGGAAUACUAACUCAAUUUCCAUAUCCAGAACCAGCCUACACUGUUCUAAUUCAUCCUCUGCUGAAAACCUACCUCCAAGUUCAAAUUUAUCCUACGCAAUUCGGCGAAUGUGCGUUUCUCACGCAAUCAACAAUCAUCGAGAAAAUUGUUUGGAGGAAGUAAAUGAAAAUGCAUUACGCAUAAUUGUGAAAUGGUUUGAGCUGAUUCGAGAUGUCUUCCCCGGCGGUCGUUGGUGGAAUUUGAGAGAUUUUGAGCAAAAUGUUGAUGGCUCGCCAAUUGCAGCGGAGCCGAUAACUGUUUUACAAGCUCUGCGAGAAAUGUGGGCGCUGUUAGCUGAGGAGAAAUGGAUUUUGUACACAGCGUUGGGCGCGUUGGCUGUCGCGGCGGUCUCAGAGAUAACAAUGCCAGGAAUACUGGCAGCAUCAGUUUUUUCAGCUCAAAAUGGUGAGAUGUUGGUGUUCUAUCAAAACUCAUGGCUUCUGAUUUUAUUGUGUAUCACAUCAGGAAUAUGCAGUGGGUUGCGAAGUGGAUGUUUUGCUGUUGCAAAUGCGAUUUUGGUUAAGCGUCUUAGGAAAGCUGUGUAUAGAUCUCUUCUUCUUCAGGAUGUAUCAUUUUUUGACACGGAAGCAGUUGGUGACUUGACUAGCAGGGUUAGUACAGAUUGCCAGAGGUUAUCUCAGACUGUUGGAAAUGAUAUACACAUGAUCCUUCGUAAUAUUUUCCAGGGAAUAGGCGCAUUUAUCUGCUUGAUGACUUUGUCAUGGCCUCUAGCACUGUCAUCACUAGUAAUAUGUUGUAUUUUAUCACUGAUUUUCCUAAUCUAUGGGCAGUACCAGAAGAAAGCAGCACUGCUUGCCCAAAAUUUCGUUGCCUCUUCCAAUGAAGUCGCACAAGAGACAUUAUCUUUUAUUAGAACUAUCAGAGCAUAUGGGACAGAAAAAGAAGAACUUCAGAGGUUCACACGAUGGAUCGAAAGAUUAGCUUCUGUGGGCAUGCGAGAAAGUGUAGCAUAUGGAUUAUGGACCCUUAGUUUCAGUAUUCUUUAUCGAUCAACACAAGUGUUAGCGGUUAUUUUUGGGGGAAUGUCUAUUUUGAGUGGUCAUGUGUCUACUGAGCAACUGACUAAGUAUAUUUUGUACUGUGAGUGGUUGAUCUAUGCUGCCUGGAGAUUGCAAGACAGCAUGUCAUCAUUACUUCAGUCUGUUGGAGCCUGUGCUAAGGUUUUUCAAUUGAUGCAUCUUCCACCAAGUAGUGAAUUCAUGUCUAAAGGAGUAAAAUUGCAGGGGCUGAUAGGAUGUGUUGACUUUGUGAAUGUAUCAUUUCACUAUUCGUCGAGGAAGAUGGUUCCUGUUCUGAAAAAUGUGAACUUCUCCAUAAAAGCUAAUGAAAUGGUUGCAAUAGUGGGCGCCAGUGGUAGCGGAAAAAGCAGUUUAAUCAGUCUUUUGCUGCGCCUUUACGAGCCUACUGAAGGAGAGAUACUUAUGAAUGGCGUUCCUCUGAGAGAGAUGGAUAUGGGGUGGUUGAGAGAGAACAUCGGCUACGUUGACCAGGAACCCCAUCUUUUCCACAUGGAUAUCAUGUCCAAUCUUACAUAUGGCUGCUCAAGAAGCAUCAUUGGAGUGGAAGAGAUCGAAUCUGCUACAAAGAAUGCCCAUGCCCACGAAUUCGUAUCCGCCCUCCCUCAGGGCUAUCACACCGUCAUUGACGAUAAUCUUCUAAGUGGGGGACAGAAGCAACGCAUAGCUAUUGCAAGGGCCCUACUCAGAGACCCCAUCAUCUUGAUUUUCGACGAGGCUACCAGUGCUCUCGAUGCAGACAGUGAAGGCUAUAUCAAAGAGAUCCUUCAAGUAUUGAAGAAGGAUGCAGAUAGACGAAUGACAAUGAUCAUAGUUGCACAAAGGUUGUCUACGAUAAAAGAAGCGGACAAAAUCGUGGUACUGGAGGAUGGCCAAGUAGUUGAGACGGGUACAUACACAGAGCUUCAUAACAAGAAUGGAGUGUUUUCUCGUUUAUUUAAAUUGAAGACAAACGCCACCCAUUUCGACUAGCCUGAGACGAGACCAAUUGGUACGCUUAAACUGAAUUCAGUUUACUAUAUAAUCUAUGUUCUUCAAUUAAAAUUGAACUGAUAUUUUCUCCAGUCUAGACUGUUAAAAAAAUACUCCCUCCAUCCCA